AUGACGGGAAUUCCUGUGACGAUUUCUUCUCAGAACUUAACAGAAGAAUAUACUUGUGUCUGGUAUGGCGAAUGUGGACCAACAGUGCCCAAUAAACAUAAUUGUCCAUCGAAUCAUUCAGCCCGAUUAAUCAAUGACGCCCUGGCUGAAGCAAGAUUACAGAAAAGGUGUCCACAUUUCUUCGAGGAAACUGAUCAUCCCCGAACCUGUUGUGACAGUGCAAUAAUCCAAACAAUGGAUUCACGUAUGCAACAGGCCGAAGGGAUUUAUGGUCGUUGCACAACUUGUUUGAGAAAUUUUUUCCGAUCGAUUUGCGAUUUCACUUGUGCUCCCGAUCAAAAACGAUUCAUGGCUGCCACCGAGAUCCUCAAAUGGGAAAUCAAUGGCGGUGAAUACAUAAAUAAAGUUGAGAUAUUCAUCGGUGAGGAAUUUGGGAAUAGUACAUUCGAGUCUUGCAGCAGAAUCGUUCACCCAGCCAGCGGUAAAUUAGCACUGGAUCUUGGUUGUGGACUGCAUGGAGCCAGUAGAUGUACCCCGAAACUGUGGUACGAGUACAUGGGGGACCCAAACCAGAAUAAUUUAGUACCAUUUCAGAUAAAUUAUAUUUGGAAGCCAAACGAAUCUCUUGGACUGGUGGACCCGAUGAAUCCACCUGCCAAACCCUGCAAUGAAUCAUUCGCUAAUGCAUCGGCAUGUAGCUGCGUGGAUUGUCCAUCAGCUUGUCCUCUAACUGAAUGGACAAUAAAUCACAGAUUUUUCACACUCCUCGGUAUUAACGGAGCUGGUGUACUAUUGGGUAUUAUCAUUCUGGGCAUGAGCACUGGUUUCUCUAUUGGUUGGAUCUGGAUGAAGAGACAUGCCGGCUCGAGAAAUUCACGGGGUGUUAUAAAUUCCUGCGAUCGUUUGAGCAUGCGCUAUCAUGAUGUAUUUGAGAGAAUAUUCUAUCGAUUGGGAUAUGCAUUCGCAAGACAUCCUGUUUUAACUCUAUCUCUCCUCUCUUACGUAAUUAUUGGAACAGCCUGGGGAGGAAUGAACUUGACGAUAACGGUAGAUCCUAUCGAGAUAUGGGCUUCACCGGACAGCCGAUCUAGAAUCGAAAAAGACUACUUUGACAGUCACUUCACCCCUUUUUACAGGAUUGAGCAGAUUUACAUUAAAGCAGUCAAUCUCGAGACGAUGAGAAAUGAAACUUCGGAUGGGGUUCACGAGUUUGGCCCGAUUUUUCAAAGGAAAUUCUUAAUGGCUGUAUACGAUUUACAACAAAAAAUUCAACAGAUCGGUAAAGAUACGGAUGAAGGCCUCGAAAGGAUUUGUUAUGCUCCGGUAAAAAAUGAGUUCACAGGACCGAUGACAGUAGAUCUUUGUACAGUACAGAGUAUCUGGGGGUAUUUCCAAAAUGACUUGAAGAAAUUCAAUGAUAGUCAUUACCUGAAUCAUUUAUACACGUGUUUGCAAAAUGCAUUCCUUCCGGAGUGUCUAGGUACUUACAGAGGACCAAUUCUCCCUGACAUAGCACUAGGUGGUCACCUGAUCCCAGGAAAAACAACCUACGAGGCUGUGGACUACAUAAAAGCAUCAGCCCUUGUCUUAUCAUUUAUGGUGAGGAAUGAAGUGGAUAAAGAUAAUUUGGCACCGAUGCGAAAAUGGGAGAGUCGAUUUCUCGAGUUCAUGGGGCAUUGGGUGAAGCACGAAAAGCCAGACUUCAUGGAUAUCGCGUAUUCAUCCGAGAGAUCCAUCGAGGACGAGUUGGAACGCACAUCGAUUGCUGAAUCCAAAACUAUUGUUAUCAGUUACAUCGUAAUGUUUAUCUACAUUCUCUUCUCUCUAGGGACAUUCAAAGCAUCUGCAGAGACAUUUAUUAUCAGCAAAGCGAUGUUGAGCAUCAGUGGAAUAAUCACCGUUUUGGCUUCGGUGGGAUGUACAUUUGGAAUUUUUGGAUACACUAAGACGGCUACGACGCUAUUAACUAUUGAAGUCAUUCCCUUCCUCGUUCUGGCUGUAGGUGUUGACAAUAUUUUUAUUCUUGUGCAAACCCAUCAGAGGAAUCCCCCACGACCUGGGGAGAGUAUUCCACAGCACAUGGGGAGGAUUUUGGGAUCAGUUGGGCCAUCCAUGUUUCUUACUAGUGUCUCGGAAUCACUCUGUUUUUCUAUUGGAACAAUUUCAUCGAUGCCUGCUGUCAAAACGUUUGCACUAUUUGCGUCAGUUGCCAUUGCAUUCAAUUUUUUCCUGCAAAUUUCUGGAUUCGUUAGUCUUCUGGCCCUCGAUACCAGGAGAUACGAGAUAAAUUGUGAGAGAUGUGACAUCAGUAAGGAUGAAUUUGAAUUGAGACCUCAAUCAUCAGAUUUUCGUAAAUACAUCAGUUACUUCUUGUCUGAUGUCCCAGAUGAAAGUUGUGCGAAGGGUGGCAGAGCCUCUUAUUUCGACGGAAUUACUUAUACGUAUGAUCAAUAUGGAAAGAUUGAUGUUGGAGAUUCUUAUUUUAUGAGUUACCACACACCCCUCAAGAAGCAAUCAGACUGGUACAGAGCACUUUAUUCAGCUAGAGUGGUUGCUGAUAAUAUAACAACUAUGAUUAAUAAUUAUAAAUUCACCGACACCCCCAUCAGUGUUUUUCCAUACAGUGUUUUUUACGUUUUUUAUGAACAAUAUUUGACGAUUUGGAAAGAGACGAUGAUAUCAUUGGGGUUGUCUCUUGGAAUUGUCUCGCUUGUCACUUACGUUUUAACUGGAUUUUCCCUUUUCUCUGCUGGAAUGGUUUUUAUUACGGUGACUAUGAUAAUUAUUAAUAUGCUCGGCCUCAUGUACUGGUGGAAUAUCAGUCUCAAUGCUGUCUCACUUGUCAAUUUAGUUAUGGCUGUGGGAAUUUCGGUUGAGUUUUGCAGUCAUCUUCUGCAUUCUUAUCUGAGUUCGAAGGAAAAAAAAAGUCUUGAUAAAGCCGCCGAUGCGUUAUCGGUGAUGGGGAGCUCUGUGUUUUCGGGGAUUACACUUACGAAAUUGGUGGGGAUAAUCAUCCUGGCAUUUGCGAAGACAAAAAUAUUUCAAAUAUUUUACUUCAGAAUGUAUCUUGGAAUUUUAAUCAUAGGAGCUACACACGGCCUUAUAUUCUUACCCGUUGCCUUGAGAUUUUUUGGUCCAAUAGGAACAGAAAAUACAUCUCCAGAGAAUGGAAGAUCGAAAAAAUCGGGCCCUAAUUGAUUUUUUUUUAUUCAAUUGAACAUGUAAAUAGUUUGUAAGGAAAUAUUUUUUUAAGCUAUUAGAUAUUAUAUUUAAUUACCAAGGAAUGAGGAAUUACCAGGAAUAAUGGGACAAAAAACUUCAAGUGCACGGAACGUUUAUUAAAUCGUACUUGCCGAAUACAAGAUGUGUCUGAAUAAGAUACUGCGUUGGGAGGAAAUCAAAUAAAAAA